CGUACACCUUCUCCCUAAACCUACCCACCGCGAUCGUUUUUUUAAAUUCCAAACUGGGAGUGAUGAAGCCCAGCGGACACCGCGACGUAUCUGGAGUAUUCGACAGGACGACGUAACCAACUCCCUCCCUCCUUCCGCCCCGCUCCCCCGCACGAAAAUCAAUGCCACCACCAUGCCCGGCCUGCUACGAAAACUGGUCAUCUUCGCAGCGGUAGACGGCCUCAUCCUGCAGCCCCCGGCCGCGAACCUGCGAAAUUACGCAAACAAUGACUCCGCCCUGCUCAUCGACUACAAGACGGGGCGGGUCUCGUCGCUGCCGGCUUCCGCGUCGGAGCUAAGCGAGCGCGAUUCGGGGCUGGAGGCGUAUGGUCUUGUUGGCCUCUUGUCCGUCGCGUCGUAUUCGUUCCUGAUCGCCAUCACGCAGCGGCAGCAGGUGGCGCAGAUUCAAGGAAAGCCGGUUUACGCUGUCACUAAUAUUGCGGUUAUCCCUACGUCGUCGAUGAAAGAUGCCUCGCAUGCGAUUGCCCAGGCGAGGGAGAGUUCCCGGCAGGGGAACGACGACGACGAUGACGAGCAAGACGAGAUAGACUCGGAUGGCACGGCGUCCGAUUCGGAGACUGAUGCAGGGGACACCGAGGUUGGCACCGCGCCGUCCUCGCCGAUUCAGACAGAGCACUCCCCGCACAAUCGAUCGAAUAGCAUCGCUGAGGACGUGAUGGGCAAACGGGUUCCCUUUGGCCGCUUCGCGGCCAACUGGCUGUCGAGGAAAACGUUGGGAUUACCUGGUCUCGGGACGGUCGAUCAUGAUGGGAAUGGGUCGCGGCUGGAUACGAAGGAUGCGGAUGUACAGGGUAGUCCGACGGGAUCUGAUACGGAAGAGGCGCUGGCUGCGUCGGGGAGUGAAUCGAGUCCUGAGAGGGGAGAGGGCCCGUCGUCUUCGCCGUCGGGUGUGGAGCUGUUGCCGAAGUUGUUGCGCUAUACGAAGCUGAUCUUUGCGUCGCAUAAUUUCUUCUUCGCUUAUGAUUAUGAUCUUACGAGGAAUUAUGGGACGAGUGAUCUGUCGGCUAAGAGCUUGCUGCCGCCGCAUAAGGUUGCUGAUGAGUUGUAUUUUUGGAAUCGGCAUCUCAUGGCGCCUUUCAUUGGAGCGGGCGCUCAUAGCUAUGUGCUACCGCUCAUGCAGGGGUUCGUCGGUCAGCGGGAGUUCACCGUCGCUGGUGCUGGACGCCCGUCUACUGAAGCAUCAGAUUCGGCUAGGCCGGAGGGCCGGAUGCUGGGUGAGACAUCUGCGGCAGAGGCCAUGGAGGCCGCUGCGAACAAGCGGGACUUCCUGCUCACGUUGAUCUCACGACGGUCCGUCAAGCGUCCCGGACUGCGCUAUCUGCGACGCGGGGUCGACGAUGAUGGAAACACCGCCAACACCGUGGAGACGGAGCAGAUCCUUUCGGUUCCCGACUGGGAUCCUGCGCAUCGGGUAUACUCCUAUCUCCAAAUCCGCGGAUCCAUUCCACUGUACUUUUCUCAGUCGCCGUAUGCGCUCAAGCCGGUUCCCAUACUCCACCACUCGACCGAGACGAACGAACUGGCUUUUGAAAAGCAUUUCCGGAGUCUGAGCCGAAGGUACGGGAAGGUCCAAGCCGUGUCCCUCAUCGACAAGCUGGCCGGAGAGCUCAAGCUGGGCAAUGAGUUUGACAAGUACACCAACGAAUGCCGCGGGAUGAAAUUCGAGAACGUGAGUCGACUCGUCGAUCGCCUGAAGCCCACGCUCGAAGAGUACGGCGACACGAUGGUCCAGAGCAACACAGUCCUCCGGACCCAAGCCGGCAUCAUUCGGACCAACUGCAUGGAUUGCCUCGACCGCACCGGCGUGGCGCAAUGCGCCUUCGCCCAAUGGGCCCUAGAGCGAGAACUGCAAUCCGAAGGCAUCGACCUCGACCUGGCCAGCGACUCCUCCACGCAGUGGUUCAACACCCUCUGGGCAGACAACGGCGACGCCAUCUCCAAGCAAUACUCCUCGACAGCCGCCCUAAAAGGCGACUACACGCGGACACGAAAGCGCGACUACCGCGGGGCGCUGAACGACUUCGGCCUCACGCUCACCCGGUACUUCAACAACAUCGUCAACGACUACUUCUCGCAAGCCUGCAUCGACUACCUGCUAGGCAACGUCUCCACACAAGUCUUCCAAGAAUUCGCGACCGAGCUCCAAACCGCCGACCCAGGCAUCUCCGUGCAAAAACUCCGCCAGAACGCAAUCGACACAAGCUGCCGCAUCGUAAUCAGCGACCCAUCCGAAGAAUUUCUCGGCGGCUGGACAAUGCUCACCCCGCGCGAGCCCAACACCCUCCGCACGCUCCCCUUCGAAGAAUCCGUCCUCCUCCUCACCGACGCCGCCGUCUACAACUGCCGCUUCGACUGGGACACGGACAAAGUGAUGUCCUCCGAGCGGGUCUCCCUGCGCUCCAUCUCGCGCAUCAACCACGGCACAUACAUCACCUCCACAUUGACAACCGCUCAAACCUCCGAACGGCACAACGUCGGCCUCGUCAUCGAGUACCGCGAAGGCGACACCCACGACCUCCGCGUCAACACCCGCUCCCUCCACAGCAGCGUCGACACCACAGCGCUCGACAAUACCAGCGCGGCCCGCUCCUCCGAAUGGCCCGUCUCCUCCUGGUUCAAGGGCCUGCGCGCGCCGACCACCCGGCUCAUGGCGUUCAAGGCGCUCCCUGUUUCGAAUUCCGUGACCCAGACGAGAACGGGGAGUCCCGCUGUGAGCGAGGGCGAUUGGGUACGGUCCAUUUGCGAGGAGAUCCAGCGGGCUGUGUUGGCCAGCCCGGACACGGAAGGCCUUGAUCAACUUGUUGUUGAGAAGGGAGAGAUCAUUUCGCUGGAGGAUGCGAGGAAGAGGACGGGGAUUCUGGAGACGCUUGUGCAUGACGUUAAGAAGUUGGUGUGGGCUUGACCUGUUUCUCUCUCCCCGACAGGGUUUGUUGCUUUCCUAGUGCGACUGCUUUUCAUGUCGACUAUUUCUUCAGGUUGACUGUUUCUUUCCAGAAUAUAUCUUUCUCGCAGUUGUGUUUGCACAUUUUUGGCACAUUUAUAUUUAUAGUUAUUACUAUUAUUGAUGAUGCGUUGGUGCAGAGGUUUGCUUGGUUGUGUAUAUGAGUUUGAUGAUUUAUGAUAUUUAGUUGAUAGUUGAUAGUAUAGUCUCUGGCCAAGAUCGUGUUAAUAGUGUUAAUAGUAUCUAGUAUAU